AUGUCAUGGGACCUUCUGCCCUUGAUCACGCUCUUUGUUGCCUUCAUCAGCCUCUGGUGGUUGCGUAAAUACUUGCCUGCAUCCAAAAAGAUUGUCUACACCGUCACCACUGCGGCCAUCCUACACCUGUUCGGCCGUGCCGUCAUGCAUCGCAUCUACUUUACCGCCCACGAGGCCGUUAUAAAGGCUUCUCCUGUUGCGCGCUUCCACAUGAUUCUAACUCUAGGUGCUGUGGUCUGGCUUCUUCACCGUGCCUUCCAAACUUUGUGGAAGCCCGUAUCCGAGCUCGUGAAUAUCCUUGGUGUUGACAUUCCGCAGGCCCCUGAGGUGUGCCUAGCCGGUAUUCGAUCAGACGCAGCUACCCUCGCCUGGGCGCGACCCAAUUCCCAUCGCUUGGCGCCAAAGUAUCUGAUACAGGUGAAUGGCGUGCAAGUGGGAGAGGCCAGUGGAAGCGAGCCGGGCAUCACGAUCACCGGAUUGAAGCCGAAUCAUUUUUACAACAUAAGGGUCGUCGCUGUUGGCCAUAACAACUUCCGAUCCGGCAGUCCCGUCAUACGACUAAGAACGUUUGGUAAAGACGGUCGCCCACAGUUGGGAAACUCUCGCUUGCCAAAGAAUUUCGUCGACCCGGACCAGUCGAGCGCGGAUGCCCGCUAUGACAUGGAUGGUUCGGAUAAACCCAGCUCAUCUGUGCCAGCAGUCGAGGCGACACCAGUACUUGAUGGGGCGGCAAACCCAUCACGAGAUGUUGCCACUGCGGCGCCGGGCCCACGAAGGAAUACAGUCAAUCGACGGCACUCCCCGUCUGUCGCCAGUACGGACCAGGCACAAUCCAAGCUUGUCCCAUCCAACGAACCGGAAAUGUCCUUGAUGGAGCUCAAUGACAAGUUUGAGAGCAUCAGGAAAGAAAUCGAAGCUACGCUACAAUUGAUAGCCAAGGAGCAAGCCGAGGCCGGCCAACAAGAAGACGAGCUGAAAAAGGAGCGUGACCGCAAGAGACAGGCCCUCAAGGAGAAGGAAGAACACACGAUGCAACUCAGAGCGAUGAUACGAUCCACGAUGGAGCAGAUGCGAGCAGCUGAGAAGGAGCGUUCGAAAAAGGAACAGCUGCUGAAGGAGAAGGAGACGAAAAAGACCAAGAUCAGGGACAACAUCACCAGGCUCGAGAAGGAGACGGAACGAAUGAAGAAGGAGCGGCAAAGUUUUGACGUGCAGAGAACGGCGCUGGAGGAGAAGCGCGAUCGAGAUGUUCGAGAGCUUGACGUUGGCAAUGCCGAUCUUCAAGAAACGUGUUCCGAGCUCGAGGCCGAGCUCAAGGAGAAGGGCAAGCAGCUGCAGGAGCUCAAGGCGGCCAGGGAACUGUUGCCUGGUGCCAACGACGAGCGAUGGAAGGAGGACGACUUUAGACUAAAGCGAGAGUGGGAGAUGGCGAGGCGAGAGUUGCACAGCCGCUUAGUAGCAGAAACAAAGCAGGGAGUCAUGCUGGAUCAACAAAUCAGGUCUCUGACUCAACAGUUGGUGUUACAUCAGCAACAGGCUGGUAUCAACUUCUACAACAAGCCAGCCUCGACGACGAUGGACUACGACGCAACUGCAGCAUCGCAGUCGGCAAAUGGCUCGAGUUUUCCCGGCAGUGGUGGCGGUCUCGGAGGCACUCCCGUGUCUUCGCCUCCCCCGGCGGCUCCCCCGGAGCCCAGUUUCCAAGCUGGCAAUGCGGCUUUCACCCAGGCAGGCUUCGGUUCCGGAUUCUUCAUGGAUAUAGCAGCCAACACUGGUGCCAACGUCAGUUCGGAAGCCGAGCUAAAGUCUGCUGGCGGCCCGCUGAGUCCCUCGGCGCAAACCCUACUGCCCGCAAACAUUUUCGACGACAAUGAGGAUUCUCUGGAAGGUAAGCAUUCGGGCCGUCCACUAUUGCCGGAACCCGCCAUGGACGACGACCAAGGCCUACAAUCGCCAGCUUCCCCGGCCGCCUCAAUCCCCGUAGUUUCCAGUCCCCAUGGUUCCGCUCACAACUUGCCUUUCCCACAGCAUACGGAUGCCAGUGAGCGGAUGCCGCUGACCAUGAACUCGUCUCCAACAGCGCCGUCGGCCAGCAGCCAUCGCCUCACCAAUCUGUGGUCCAGCCUCCACCGCAGCAACAGGACUCCGAAGAUCUCCGAAGAUGGCGGUCCGCCCAUAGGCUCUCUCAAAAUUGGCCAGAGCCAGUCGUUCCCACGUGGUGCCGACGAUGGUGAGGGUAUGGAGAGCCGAUGGAAGUACUGGCCCUGGGUCGGCAAGAACUCCACCGGCCAAGACGGCUCGAUUGGAGGGCAAAGUCCUUUCUCUACCCGACGAGUUAGCUCUUUCAAAGGCCCCAGGAUUUCCACCAUCUCUGACCAAGAGAAAGGCCACUCCCGGCCUCCAUCCAUCAAUUCGACGGAGCCCCCCCGCCCAUCUACCGAUAGCGGCUCCAUUUGGGGGGCUCCGGGCGAUGUUGCCGGUCCCAUGAACCGAGUCUGGUCACCCGGUGACAAUCAUUGGCAGAGCAGGAAUGGGUCAAGGCGUCCAUCCGUACAUGGUUCGACCACAGCCUUGACGACUACGUUGGCUUCGGCCGACGACGAAAUCUUGGAUGUCAAAGAUUUGAGGGAUCCUCAAACGCUCGCCAGUCAAGUUGGCGUCAUCGGUACUCGUCCACCAGGUGCUGUCACAGUACCCAGAACGAUGAAUCAACGUCUGAACCCGAAUGCUCCCAGCUUCAUGGGCAAUAUGGGAAACAUAUUCCGCAAGGACAAGGACAAAGACAAAGACAAAGACAAGGACAAGGACAAGGACAAGGACAAGGACAAGGAACGAGCCAAAGACAAGAACAAAGAGGAUAAGGGCAAGGGCAAGGAAAUCACCCCGCCAAGCAUGGACUUGGCACAGGACGUCGACGACUCGCCGUCCGGUUCGCGCAUUUCUAGAGAUACCUACUCCUUUCACACAGGGACCUCGGUGUCUGAAUCCCGUGAAUCGCUGCAACUAGAUUUGACGCAGUCAAACACACCAUCAGAACUGAACUCGGGCUCCACGUCCAAUCUGAAGGAAUCCGACAAUGUCGUCAGAAAGCUGUUCCGCAAAGGCAGCUCCGGAAAGUUUAGCCUUUCGUCCAGACUUGGUAAAGAAUCUGGCCUAUUUAAGAAGGGCCCUGGGAGUACCUCCAACUCGGAUCGGAACGUGUCCGCUGAGCAGCGCAUGAGUAUUGGCGACGCAGAUGAUCUUGGGGAUGACGGGAUGCCGUUCGGACGCAGUUACGACAGCAUGGCCAGCAGCCCUUUACUAGGACCUUCAAAAUCCAAGGACAGCCGAGAAGGUCGAAUGAGUUCGUGGCGCUUUUCAAUCAAGAAAAAGGAGCAAGGACACGACCUUUAA